UUCUGGUUUAAUUGGCUGGCAGCGUGGCUUGAGCCCUGUAGAUGUUAAUGCUCCCAGCUGAUUCUAAUGUCAGUGAGGCUGGUGGACCACUCACGUAAUUAGUGAGAGGUAAGAGGGUUCACUUCAGAGUAGCAUUUUGAUUUAUUAGGAAAGAAUAAGAAUCUCCAGGAUAAAGACCAUGAGGCAAGCUCAAAGGAGUGGUUGCAGCGUGUUGCAAAGCACGCGGCGGAGCUGCACGUGGAGACGCCAGCUCGGCAGGGCUGCAGGGACACCUUUUUUGAAUUCUGGUCCCACCACUGAAGAUCCCCCCUUCUGUUUGGUAAAAGCUGGAGGAAAGCGAAUUUCCAAAAAACAGGAAAUUGGCAUCUUGGAGAGACACACCAAGAAAACAGGGUUAGAGAAAACAAGUGCCACUGCAAAUGUUGCCAAAAUACAGACGAUGGAUGCCCUGAAUGACACGCUGGAGAAGCUCAGCCAUAAAUUUCCAGCAGUAGCGCACAUGGCACAUCAAAAACCCAGACCUGCUCUGGAGAAGGUCACUCCACUGAAAAGGAUCUACAUUAUUCAGCAGCCUCGAAAAUGUUAAGCUGGGACGUAAAACAGCCGUCUAGCCAACUGCCUCGAAUGUCUGAGAGCUUAGCAAAAAGGACCACACUUUGCAUAGGCCUAGAGUACUUGCUUGGUAAAUAAAACAGCUUUUAUAUCUUCUUUUUUGACUUCAGAUAAUAAAACAUUCAAAUUUGCAAA